AUGCUUCCGAGAGCACCAUCAUCUCCCUUUCGACCGACGCGGGCGAACGCGACGUGUCUCAUCAAGGACUACCAGACCGACCGCAUCACUGACACGCUGCUGCACAUCGAUUUUCUGGAGGUCGUGGCCGGCCAGGCCCUCCGCACGCAUGUCCCCCUGCACUUCAUCGGCACCCCCAUCGGCGUGCGCGAGGGCGGCAUCCUGGAGGCGCUGCUGCGCGAGCUGCACGUCGAGUGCCUGCCGAAAGAUCUGCCGGAGAGCCUGGAGAUCGACAUCGAAGGGCUGGACAGCGGCGACUCGAUCCAUGUUCGCGAGUUGGACACUCCGGACCGGGUUCGCGUCCUGAGCCCGCCUGAUCAGGUGGUCUGCCUCGUCGCUCACCGCGUGGCAGAGGAGGAAGAGAGGAGGUCGAUGAGGCCGAGCUCGAAGAGGCAGAAGAGGUCGACGAGGCUACCGACGAGGACACGUAAGCCGGCUACCUCCCAACGCCGCCUGUUGGUGGUCGGGCUGGGCAAUCCCGGGCGUCGCUACACGGACACCCGGCACAACGUCGGCUUUCGGCUCGUGGAAGCGCUGGCGCGUGCCAGCGGCGUCCGGCUGAAGCGACACGGGCUCGGCCGCUACGCGGUAGCGCGCGUUGCGGCCGGGGGCGGCAGCGUGUUCCUGGCCGAGCCGCUUACCAUGAUGAACCGCUCGGGCGACGUGCUGGCCGCCCUGCUGCGCUUCAGCGGCUGCACGUUGGCGCAACUUGUGGUCAUCUGCGAUUCCAUCGACCUGCCGGUUGGCUCGGUACGCUUGAAGCGCUCCGGCUCCGCAGGCGGCCACAACGGGCUGGCAUCGAUCAUCGCCGCCGCCGGCGGCGGCGGCUUCCCCCGGCUCUGGGUCGGCGUCGGCAGACCGGAUGCCGGCGGCGACGUGGUCGGCCACGUGCUGGGCACGCCGGACUCGGGCGAUCAGCAGCGGAUCGCGGCGGCCGAACGCUUCGCGGCCGAGCACGUGCUGCGCCUGGUGGGCGAACCCAUCGAUCGGGUGAUGCAUGAGGUCAACUCCUACGAUCCAGGCUGA